GGUAAACAAACGCGCAGUGCGCAUGCGCACUCGCGAUAGCAAAAUGGUGGACGACUGUACUUCUCAGUACUGAGAAGAAGAAUCGGUAUCUUUAUUGAGGUUCUGGAGAUAAGACGCGCUCGCCACUAUUUGUUUUGCCGCUGUCUAGAUAAAGCAUUCAGCCACAAUGACUUCAGAGCCUGGAUCUCAGAAUCCCAGCUCCAAGAGCAUCAUGACAUUCUAUCCCACCAAAGAGGAGUUCAAGAACUUCAGCCGGUACAUCGCCUACAUGGAGGCUCAGGGGGCUCACAAGGCUGGUCUGGCCAAGAUUAUUCCCCCGAAGGACUGGAAGCCCCGGCAGUCCUACGAUGACAUUGAUGACCUGGUGAUCCCAGCCCCCAUCCAGCAGGUGGUGACAGGCCAGUCAGGCCUCUUCACCCAGUACAACAUCCAGAAGAAGCCGAUGACCGUGCGCGAGUUCCGCAAGACCGCUAACAGUGACAAGUUCUGCAGCCCUCGCUAUGUGGAUUUUGACGAGCUGGAACGGAAGUACUGGAAGAACCUGACCUUUAACCCCCCUAUUUAUGGGGCAGAUGUGAACGGCACGCUCUAUGACCCGGACGUGACAGAAUGGAACAUCGGCCACCUGAACACCAUCUUGGACAUGGUGGAGCGAGAGAGUGGCAUCACCAUCGAGGGUGUGAACACGCCCUACCUGUACUUCGGUAUGUGGAAGACCACCUUCGCUUGGCACACAGAAGACAUGGACCUCUACAGCAUCAACUACCUGCACUUCGGGGAGCCCAAGUCCUGGUACUCUGUCCCCCCAGAGCACGGCAAACGACUUGAGCGUCUAGCUAAAGGAUUUUUCCCCGGGAGCUCCCAGAACUGCGAGGCAUUUCUCCGGCACAAGAUGACAUUGAUCUCGCCAUCCAUCCUCAGGAAGUACGGCAUUCCCUUUGAAAAGAUGACGCAGGAGGCUGGCCAGUUCGUGGUCACCUUUCCCUAUAGCUACCACGCUGGCUUCAACCAUGGCUUCAACUGCGCCGAGUCCACCAACUUCGCCACGCAGCGCUGGAUCGAGUAUGGGAAGCAGGCUAUUCUGUGCUCCUGCAGGAAGGACAUGGUGAAGAUCUCCAUGGACGUGUUCGUGCGCAAGUUCCAGCCCGAGCGCUACAAGCAGUGGAAGGCCGGCAAGGAUGUCGUGUCCAUCGACCACUCCAAGCCGACACCGGAAGCGGCGGAGUUCCUGGGUGGCGAGGGCCAGGCUGGUGGCAGGGCCCAGUACGCAGGAGAGGGUGGCGGCGCAGAGGAGGAGACCAAGAGCCUCUCCAAGCAGAGGAUAGGGACCAAGCGACACAGGGUGUGCUUGGAGGUCCCCGAGGAAGUUCUCCAGAGGGAGCAGGGCGUGGAACACGAGGGCAAACGGCUCCGCCUGUCACCCGCCGCUGGGGGCCAGGUGUCGCAGGAAGGCAUGCCGGAGUGUGGGCCGGGAUACGGGGCCGAGGAGCUCUGCUUCCUGCAGGUUCUUCCAGGUGACUGCACCCCUGCUGAGGAAGAGUGUGACGACGGGCCCCCCCGAGAUGAUCCGGACGCCCUGCCCCCACUGCCUCGUACCUCCAGCCACUGUUCCGCAAUAGCCGGCCCCAGCGGGGGGCCUCGGCCCUCCCCCAAACCCGGCGUGGCCAGUCUACUUGUACACAAGGCCCUGAGUCCGUCUGACGCCCUUCAUGUCCACAGCUACGCCAAAGGGGAUUACAGCAUGGCCGCAGUCCCCAGCCGGGAGGACAGGGCGGCACUGGGCAUGGACAGCACCCUGUCUGAUGGCGAGAAGGGGGCAGAUGAGGCAGCAGAGAACAAGAGCAUGAAGAGUAAGCGGCAGCCUCUCAGCAAGCUUCCACGCCUCCACCCACUGCUCAGGGACUGCAUCAGUGACGAGGAGCUGCAGGAACAAACGACUGAAGAUGAGGAGGACAUCCAGGAGUCUGAGGCCUGGGCAAAGCCGCUGGCUCAGCUGUGGCAGAACCGUCCACAAAACCCCAAAGCAGAGAAGGAAUACAACCAGAGAAUGGGCCUUCAAGCCCCCUACUGCGCCAUCUGCAUGCUCUUUCAGACAUAUCAGCAGUCUGAAUUUGACUGCAGCAGCCAAAAGCCCCCAGAAGCCGAUGGCAAGUGGCCCAGGUCCAAACCCCUGAUCCCAGAGAUGUGCUUCACCAGCACCAACACCUCAGAGGUGCACAUCUCCACGCCCUACAUGGAGGAGGACAACACCAGUUUGCUUGUCAGGUGCUCCCAGUGCAGCAUCCGCGUGCACAUCAGCUGUUACGGCGUUCCCCGUGAGAAAGUGUCCGAUGACUGGAGAUGUGCCCGCUGCGAGGCCAACGCCUUGACUGAGGAUUGCUGUUUGUGCUCGUUAAGAGGGGGAGCCUUACAGAGAGCAAACAAUGACAAGUGGGUCCACGUCCUGUGUGCAGUUGCCGUCCUGGAGGCUCGCUUCCUCAACCUGGUGGAGCGCGGCCCCGUGGACCUCAGCGGGAUCCCCCUGCAGAGGUUUAAGCUGAAAUGCCUGUACUGUAAGAAGCGCAUGAAGCGUGCCGUCGGCUGCUGCGUUCAGUGCUCCCAUGGCCGCUGCUCCACCUCCUUCCACGCCACUUGCGCUCAGGCCGCCGGCGUCCUCAUGCAGCCCGACGACUGGCCCUUCGUCGUCUACGUCACCUGCUGGCGGCACAAGGGACCGGGCCACGGCGAGAGGAACAGGGCCAGCCUGCGGGACCUGGAGGCCGGGCAGAAGGUCAUCUGUAAGCACAAGAACGGGCGCUACUACCAGUGCGAAAUCGUGCAGCAGACCAAGGCCACCUUCUACGAGGUCAUCUUCGAUGAUGGCUCCUUCAGCGACAACCUCUUCCCCGAGGACAUUGUGAACCGCGACUGCAUGCAGCUGGGCCCCCCAGCAGAGGGGGAUGUGGUUCAGGUGCGCUGGACCGACGGCCUGGUCUACGGAGCCAAGUUUGUGGCCGCACACGUCAUCCCGAUGUACCAGGUGGAGUUCGAGGACGCGUCCCAGCUGACCGCCAAACGUGACGAUGUCUACACGUUGGACGAGGAGCUGCCCAAACGGGUCCAGACACGCCUGUCGGUGGCAUCGGACAUGCGGUUUGACGGCAUCUUCACCGAGAAGGAGGUCAGGCGGGACUCCAAGAGGCAGCGGGUCAUCAACUCCCGGUACCGGGGGGAUUACAUCGAGCCAGUGAUCUACAGAGCCAUCAUGGAGUGACCGCAACCAGCCCCCCUGCCCCCAGCCCUCCAACCAUCACAGCACUUGCGCUCACUGUACAAAACUUAACUUAUGAACUGACUGAGCGGAAUUCUGUGCAACACGGCCUGUGGUGGAACAAUGUCCUGUCCAGCCCCCCCACCCCACCCCACCUGUAAUAGGAGUGGAAGUCCACAGGCCUCAGCCUGCACUGAUCAACUCAUCCAGUAUCGCGCUGAGGUGGUAUGACUGAUGCAGUUCAGCUCCCGGAAAUGCCAGCUUUUCAGUGAUUUAACAGACGUGGCCGAGAGGGAUGCGGGAGUUCCCCUGGCGGUCCCCAGCAUGCCUUGCACCGCUGAGUGGCUGUGCUCUUCCUCUGCUGGUUUCUGUCCUCUUUGGGAUUCAGAUGCUGCUGGGUGUCUAAGUGCCAUUCUGCGAGCAGCAGCCCCCACUCAGUGACGCCGAGCCGUCAUUAAAAAGGGAGCCUCCUUUGUGAAACCGGCCUUCAUGAAGUGCUUUACAAUCUGGCAAUAGCUUGUUUUAACUUUUAAUAUUCAAAGUGUGAUUUAGCCAACAGCCGGAUCGGUUUUCUCGUGAAGAUCCAGUGGGUGAAGCCCAGCCUUAAUCUCCCAUUUUACCCUGUACUUGGUUUAUUAAUCUUUACAUCUAAGCUUUCCAUUGAAAUACUCAGUUAAUUUAAGCUUAUCUAUAAAUUAUUAUUAUUAUUAUUUUUACAGUAGCUUGUUAGCAUUACAAUUUUGUUCAAACACAAAGUAUAUCUAUAUUUGUUAUCCCGAUAGGUCUGUCUGAGCUGUGAACUUUGCCAUUGCUGGGUGAGUGUUAUUUGGUAGGGUAUCGCUUUGGUCCAGCUCUCACGCCUCAUUCAGGUGCUUUUCCGGAAGGAUCCGCUCUCUGGGACUGCCGCCUUCAAAGAUCCCUACUGCCCGAGCGUGGUGGUCAUCUUUAAAUUGGCACAUUUGAUGACUAUCUAGUGCGGCGCACCACAGCGGACACCGGGUGCUCUGCGUGACCCUGUAGCAGUUGCCAUGGAAACCACGCCUGUUGCACGUCGUUCCGUGCUGGACCAAGGAGACCAGAAGCUCCGGCACUGUAGUGGCCCACAUGCAGUCUGUAUACAGCAGAGACUCCGAACAGCUCAGGCACAGAAAGGAAUAGAAAGAACCACUUUGUGUGUGUUACAUUACUGUAAAAAUACAUUUUCUAUUUUUUUUUGCAGGUUCUGUGUUGUGGACAUCCUGUGUAGUACAUUCUCUCUGGGUAGAAGUAUGUGUAGCGAAGCUAUCGGUGGCUGUGCUGGCUUAUGUCGGUGUCUGAAAUGAGCGUGAUCUUCGAGAUCCCCACACGGGCCUCUCCACCGCACCACCUUCCAGCCCUAUCCCGGUCUCUGCUGGUUCUCUGGUCCCAGUCCACUCAUGGCUUCAGUAAAGCAUUCGGACUGAA